AUGCAUAAUAGACCCGACAUAGCGCUUUUCGAUAAUGACAGGAGGACGUGCAUGUUGAUAGAGUUCACAAUCCCAGCUGAUGAUAACAUCACAAGAGCAUACACCGAAAAAAUAACGAAGUAUGGUGACCUGGCGUUUCAGCUGAAGGAGAUGUAUGAUCUGAGCAAGAUUAGUAUUCUUCCGUUAAUAAUGUCGACCAAUGGAAUAGUUGAGGCACACCUACCUGAGAACACCAGGAGAUUAUGUUUGGAGCUAGAUGUCAUCUCUACUUCCCAGAAGCAGGUCAUCUUGAGUACAACUAGAAUUGUUCGGAGGUUUCUACAAGGUUUUUGA